UUUUAUGAAUUGGUAAGUUUUAUAGAUCAGUUCAAAAAAUGAAUGUGAAUAUUUUCUUUUUUUCUUUCAGAAACCCCUCUUAAACCUUCUGAUCCUCAAUGGAUUGGUGCCUGGUGGCUAGGAUUUCUUACUUUUGGUCUGGCAGCCAUAUUAAUGUCAGUACCAUUAUUUUUAUUCCCAAGAAAAUUAAAGGGAAAUGAAAAUGUACCAGAGAAGAAAAAGCCUUUAUCCUUCAAAGAUAUGAUCCAGACAUUUUACAACAUGGCAAAAAACCCAUUAUUGAUUUUAAUCUUAGGACACAUAGGUCUGAUUAUAUUCUCUGCAUCUGGCACUUUACCCUUCAUACCAAAAUAUUUUGAAACUCAAUUUAAAUGGACUUCAUGGAAAACCAAUAUUGUCGUCAGUACCACAUUUGUCUUGAUGUCUUCUAUUGGAAUGAUUGUUGGUGGUGUUAUCACGAGCUUCUACAAAAUGGAUCUCAGAAAAUGCUUGAAGUUUUCCAUGGCUUUAGUAACCUUUGAUCUUUUUCUAGUCUGGAUACCAAUUUUUAUAAACUGCCCUCAAACAGAACUGGAAGUUACAGACUUCCUGCGACGCCAUGCAGACAGCCCUACUCCAGUUACCUUUCAACAAGAUUUAAACCAGUUGAGCUGUUUUCAAAUCAGUUCCCUCAAGCUACAGUGUAAUGAAUAUGAUUAUGAACCAGUAUGUGGAGCAGAUGGAAGGUCAUUCAAAUCACCAUGCUAUGCAGGAUGUCAAUAUCACAAUAUCAAAACUAAUACGUUUUCAAAUUGUUCAUGUGUUGGUAAAACUCAAAUGGCAAAACCUGGUAUAUGUUCAAAUACGUGUUAUGGAGGAAUUUAUCUUGCACUUGUCUUAUCAAUAAGAGCUUUUAUCGGCUGCAUUAGUUUUAGUUCAGUUAUCACUGCUUUGAUAAAGUGUGUUGGUGAAUCAGAUAAGGCUGUCCCAUUUUCUAUAUUUAUCUUCACUUCAACACUUAUAGGAUGGAUUCCUGCACCGCCACUAUUUGGUAUGCUGGUAGACAACACCUGUAUUAAAUGGGGUCUCCUACCUUGUCGAGACACUGGUGCCUGCAUGAUGUAUAACUUAAAUGAAUUUAGACUCAGAUUUUUUAUUCUCUUAACUAUCAUACAAAUAGUAUCAUUUUUAUUCCUUGUUGUUGCAACAAUAGUUGGUCACAAAUCUAAAAGAUACAUUUCUUUAACAGUGAGCACUAAAACUGAAACAGCAGAAGAUAACAUUCUAUAGAAAUUUCACAUUUCAUUAAAUGUCAGAUAUAAUGAAAACAGUAAUAAAAAAAUAUUUGGAAGUUGGAGAAUGGUAGAAAAAUUACCAGAAUUAAAAAAAAAAAAAAGUACUGAGGUUGAUUUGUUCAACUAAAAAAAAAAAAAAAAAAACAUUCUUUAAGGCAGUGCCCCAGGAUGGUCACAGUCUAAUGUCUGAAACAAACGAUUAAAGAAGUUCAUCUCUGAGCAAGAAUUUUAAUUUAUUUUGCUCCGUUUCAUAAAAUUUUAAAUAUUUAAAAAUAAAAUUGGAAAUACAUUUUUUA